AUGGCGAUGCAUGGACUUCCUUAUUGGCCAGCUAUGUCCCAAGAACUGUGUUGGCAUCAGCAGAUUCUCCAGCUGUUUUCACGGCCCCAAGCUACUCCAGAACACCCAAGCAUUCAUUCUUCAGCACUUUCAGAAAUAGCAUUGACUUCUGAGGAGUUUCUGGAUCUAACCGUAACAGAGUUUAAGGAUCUCAUCAAGAAAGACAAUCUUAAUGUUAAAAGGGAGGAAGUCAUCUUUGAGGCCAUCAUCAAAUGGAUUGAACACCACCCAGCUGAUCGUAGGCAAUGCAUCACCACCCUACUGCCUAAGGUUCGAAUGGCCUUAAUGCACACCAUGUAUUUAAUAAACAAUGUGAUGACCAACAUUCAUGUAAAGCACAGCCAAGAAUGUAUGAAUCUUGUUACCAGUGUGCUAAAGACAAAGUAUGACUUAAACGCAAAUGGAUCCUCCAGGUCAUAUUUCAAGAACCCAUUGACAAGGCCGCGCCUGCCCAGUGCAAUACUACUUGCCAUUGGCGGCUGGAGCUCUGGGAGCCCUACCAAUGCCAUCGAGGCCUAUGACUGCAGAGUCGACCACUGGGUUGACAUUAGCUAUGAAGUGGAAAGCCCUAGGGCCUACCAUGGAACAGCAUACCUCAAUGGUUAUGUGUACCUGGUUGGAGGGUUAAACGACAUAUAUUACUUCAGCAGCGUAAGACGGUUUGACCCAGUCAGGAAGAUCUGGCAGCAAGUAGCUCCCAUGAAUGAUAAGCGCUGCUAUGUUAGCACGACGGUCCUGAAAAACCGUAUCUAUGCCAUGGGUGGAUAUAAUGGCCAGAUUCGUCUGAACUCUGCAGAGUGUUAUAAUCCAGAAACGAAUCAAUGGGAUUAUAUUGCUUCAAUGAAUGAAAUAAGAAGCGAUGCAAAAGCCACCACCCUCAAUGGCAAGAUCUAUAUAUGUGGCGGAUUUGAUGGUGAGGAAUGUCUGUUCACAGCAGAAGUCUACAACCCAGAUACAGAGCACUGGAGCAUCAUCGCCCCGAUGUGGAGCCGACGCAGUGGUGUCGGUGUCAUCGCCUAUGGAGAUCUGAUCUAUGCGGUUGGAGGAUUUGAUGGAGCCGACAGACUGCACAAUGCCGAGGCCUAUAACCCAGCCACUAACACCUGGAAUGAGAUAAGCUCCAUGUUCAGCCCACGGAGCAAUUUCGGGAUUGAGGUCUUGGAGGAUCUCCUUUAUGUGGCCGGAGGUUUCAACGGUUUUGAAACGACCUUUUUGCAGCAGAGUAUUAUGACAGGAAGACCAAUGAGUGGUACGGCGUCCACAAUAUGA